CUCCAUUUUGUCAGAGCAGCAGAAACUUGGUGACAUGUGGCCCCUGGCUUCAUACACUGUGGGAAGAAAACGCUUCGUAACCCUGAAACGUUACAUCUGCGCUGAAUAAUAGGUUGAACGAGAUGGAGGCAAAGCUUCGUGUAAUUAUUGAUGACCAAAUUGAGAAGUUGGUUCUUCCGUCAGGGAUCCCACCAACAGUGGAGGAGCUGGAGAGUGUUGUGAAGGAUACUUUUGAGAUUUCAAACGACUUCAGUCUUCAGUAUUUUGACCCAGAAUUUCAGGACUACUUCACUCUUCAUAAAGCUGACCAGAUAAAAGACAAAUACACUGUGAAGGUUGUUGGCAUCACCCCGGUCAUCCUAAGCUUGACUCCGGCUGAUGACAGUUUUGGGAGCCCCUCUGGUCAACUUUCAACUGACUAUGACUUCUCAUAUGCUGAGUCAGUUGUAUCCAGUGCAGACUCUACUGCAAACACAUCUCCUCAGGACACCAUUAUUCUCAAAAGGCAGAAGACCAAAGAACAUUGUGAGCCCUGGCCGAAGCAGUUCCUCAUUCCACAGUUUGCAUAUGAAACUGAGAUGUACCUGGAAAGAGCCACUGAGGAGUAUAAAAAGAAUGGAAAUCUUCUGCCCACCUCCAAAGUAAAGACUGACAUCCUCGAGAAGUUGGCUGAAACUAUAUUUACAUUUACGGCCCAUCCUUCUAGUGCACAGGUUAGUUACGUUGCUGAGGCACUUGUGAAAAAAUACCCUUGUCUCAAGGAACCUGGCUCUUUCUCAGGUUAUUAUGGUUGGCAACAAAGCAUCAAGUACAAGAUGGCAAAUUAUUGUACAAAACUUAGAGGGUUUGGUGUUCCUGAGUUGACAUGCAAUGCCAUGAAACACAAGAGUCCAGGUGACCAGAAGUCUGCAAAGAAAGUAAAAAAGCCUCGGAAAGCAGAGGUAAAUUACCUUCCUCCAUAUCCAGCAGGUGAAGAUGAGGACAGUCAAGAAGAAGAGAGAAUCCAGUUGCUUACUGAAGUCAAGAAAAGAGACAACAACAAAGUGAUAAAAGAAAAAAUGGCAAAAACAUUUGCACAUAGACGACAUGAAAUCGUCAACCUGUCCCCCAGCAUUGAGGACAUCAAAGCCAGAUGGCCAGCUUUGUUUGAGGCAUCUCAUCUGCAGGAUGAGUUCUACAGGAUCACCCUGGUACACCUUGAACCCAAAUUCAUGUCCAUGCUGGAUGAAUACACUCCCAAACUGUUGGCCCUUUUCCAUUCCAAGGGGGGAGCCAUGGGAUUGAAGUUGCAGGCUAUCAUAGCCAAGUCACCAAGCAAUCCUAGCAAUAACAUAACCAGAAAUCUGGUCAUUCAGUGCUUGAUGGUGUACCUUGGGGAGUCCAUUGAUCAACUGAUCAAAGAGUACAGUGAUGCUGAUGGGGAUAGUGUGUCACAAGGUCUUUCUGAACAGAGGAUGAAAAUCUACAAAAUCAAGGCUGUUGGAUCUGAGGAGGAUGACAUUGGCAUUGUGCUGGAGGGUGUGAGAGUUAUGCCUGCUCUGGGUAAUUUUCCAAAAGCAUGUGCAAUGCUUGUUGGAUUGACAUAUGCAGUCGACCUUGCCUAUCCCAAAGAGCUAAAAUACACCUUGGAAGUAUUCCAGAAACUUUUCCUUGAACUGGAUUGUGCUAAGCUCUCACCAAAAGUGAACAGUCUCAAGAAUAAGUUAAUGGCUUAAACACGGACUCUGAAAGAAUGAAAGGGAAGUAAGCUCACUGAAAACUUUUGGAUUGUCAGCUAUCUUUUCAGACCUGCAAUGUGUCAGGCUGUAUUUGUGCUCUUUAUUUUAAUGUUUGUUUUUUAUUACCUACAAGUUUCGUAGGAAUGUUCUGUUUGAAAGGCAACAAAUUGGAGGAGUCUCUAGUGAAGCUUUUCUUUGUUUAUAGUGUAUGUUACUAUAAAACAUUAGUUUAAAACAACUUUAAAAUUUAACAGAAUUGCAGUCCUGUAGCUGUAGAAAUGUUACUUUCUCUUACAUGUGUCUUAGAUUUUCUUAGGUUAAAGAUCCAAAUUGGGAUAAAAGUUUGAUUUACAUUAUUGAUAUUCCAUGUACAUGAGUGAUAAACCUCUGUUCUACAGUUAUAUUGAGUGAUUCAAUUUUUUUUAAGUUACAGUCUAAUCUAAUGAUUCAUUUCUUUUUUACAAAACUGGUUUACAUUCAUGUAGUUUCUUUAUGUUGCUGUUGCUCUGUGCACAGAGCUGUGUGAUAAACUGUUUAUCACCUAAAACAAAUUUACAGCAGAGGAAUGUAUUUAGGAGAUCAGGAGAUUGUUGAUAGGAAUUCAGUGUAUAGAAAAAGAAAAAUGUUAUAUUAUAAAUUACCUUGUUUUAUUUUCCACAA